UUGAGAAAUAUAAAGCUUCUCUCUUUUUUAUUUACUUCCGCUCUUCAACGCCCUAAAAAUAUGGCGGCAUCUUCUAGAAAAUCAAGUGGACGGGUUCUCCGUUCCCUUUCACCAUCGGGCCGGUUCAGUUCUCACUACGCUUCACAGUCUCCAUCUUCUUCUUCUUCGGCUUUUGCUUAUUCGAGUUCAAGUUUCUCUUCACGCUCUUCUACUUUCUUUAAUCAACAGAGAUCUAUUUCUCCGCCGCGUGUUAAUCUCUAUAACCACUCUCCAUCGUCACCGUCCGUGCGAUUCUCGCUUGAUAACCGUCCAAUCUCGCCGAACCGUUCGAUUUCAGCUGUACGUAGAAACAUCGAGGCGUUAAAGAAUUUACAGAGCAAGCAGCCAAAGCGUACUUGUAUGUGUUCGCCUACGACGCAUCCUGGAUCUUUCCGUUGCAGUCUUCACAAGGGUUUCAAUAUUCAGCACGCUUCGUCCGGUUACGCGCCUAAUAAUCGGCUUAACGCGCGUAGAUCGGCGAUGACAAAUUCACUAGUUAGAAUUGGAGGAGUCGAGGGAGAUUUGGUUAGGAGAGCUUUGUCGGCUUUGAUUAGGCCUUCCUCACACCAGCAGCGUCGACGUGCAGAUUUUCAGCCGAGGCCAAGCCGGCUCUCCGUGAUGUCUAAAGCCGAGGAUUGAUGAAGUUUCCUUUUGUGGCAUUGGAAUUGGACAUGGCGGAAUGUACAGAUCUUGAUUUUCUUGGACCGCUUCAAAGUAGUGAACAUAUCAUCGGAUUUACUUGGACAAACUAUGAAAUAAACUGAACGUUGGAUAAGAUUGAGCUGAGCCUUUGGGAAACCGGAAUCCAUUGAUAUGAAGGAUUAAAACUCCAUAAUUUUAAAUAGAAACUUGAGUGACGGCAUGAACCGUUAUUGAAACUAAAGGUUGGGUGGGUAUUUAACCGGGAAUACUAAAAAAUCUGAGGAACAUAUAAUAUGAAAUUGAUGAUUGGUAAGGGAUAGUCCAGAUGAGAAAGGAAUAAACGAGAGUGAAGUGUUAUCUCUCUUCUCUUCAACGAAGGUUUCAUACUAGGAAAGUUAUACGGUACAUUAAUACAUAUUAUGUCUUUCAUUUCCUCUCUAAUGGAGAGAUUCUAAAAAAAAAAAAAAACUAUGUCUCUUUAAUAGUUAUAGAUGCAUAGGAGUUGGGCCAUCAUAAUUUAUGAAAAACGUUGUCAGGUCAUUGUAAGGCUCACACAAACACACAGUUGAUUUUAGCAAUCACAUCAAUUCAAAUAGCCCACAGAAACAUUAACUAAA